GUUGACAGCUCCCAGCCAGUAUCAACAAACGCUGCACUCGCCAGGCGGCUUGCUACGCGGAACAAUGCACGGACACGGUGCACAGUGGCAGAAUAGAAUUUAAUUAAAGUCUAAUUAUAGCCACCGCCAACCGGUGGUCCAGAAUGCGUGGUACGUUCUGAUUGUCUUUUCGUGAGGGUGCCGUUGAACUCCGCAAUAUGCCCACGCGCGGUUACGUCAAAUAACAGCUAAAUCAAAUAUCGGUCUCAGUGUGCGUGCGUGCGUGUGCGUGUUAACGACGGGUUUGUGAUUAGUCAUCAGUGCAAACGUGACGGUGUUUACAUUAGAAACAAUCGUACGGAAUCGCCACGAUGAGGCUAGCAGCGUGUUCACACCGCAGCUCCAGCGUGUUGCUAUGGUUGCUGGUGAUCGUUUUCGGUGUUCAGCCCGGGCUAGCAUCAUGGUUUAACAUUAGUGCCGUGCUCGAUACCGUUUCGAAUGCAGCGAAAUCAUCCUUGAAGUUUGCAAAAAAUAAUGGAUACUGUGCGCUGACGGAGUGCUGCAAUGAGGUUCAUGUCCGUUUCGACAUACAGGAACUGCGUACUGCCUUGGAGAGUUCUUUAUACGGACAACAUAUUGCCAGACAGGUUAUUGUGAACGCUAUCGGUGGCCACUUGGGAAACAUCGAACAAUCGGAGAAACCUUUGGUGAUGAGCCUCCAUGGUUUGCCGGGAACCGGUAAAAACUUUGUGGCCGAACACAUUACCCGGGCUCUGUACAAGAGAGGGGCGGCGAGUAACUUUGUCCACAAGUUUCUUGGAAGGAUACACUUCCCGCUCGAGAGUGAGGUUAAAAAGUACAAGGUGGCACUGGUGGAGCACAUAAAGGUGGCUGUAGCGAAAUGUCCCAACGCUCUGUUUAUAUUCGAUGAGGUGGAGAAAAUGCCCCCGGGUUUGUUCGAUUCCAUCGUCGCGCUGCUCGACAAUCAUGCCUACACGAAGGCGCUGGAUUUCCGUAAGGCUAUCUUUAUCUUUCUCUCCAACGUGGCCGGACCGGAGAUAGCGGUUCGGUUGAAAUCGCUCGUUGAUAGUGGGGUAUGGCGCGACGAAACAAAGUUGCACCACUUCGAAUCGACGCUGGAGAUAGCGUCCUACAAUUUGGUCGGCGGACUGUACAAAAGCGAACUGAUCGAAUCGCACGUGGUGGAUCAUUUUGUGCCGUUUCUGCCGCUGGAGCUGCGGCACGUCGAGCAGUGCAUCCGGACGGAGUACAGAAAGUUUACCGACCAGAAGAUGAGCGAUCAAAUGCUAAGUGAUAUUGUUAAAGAAGCGAUCACGUUCGACGAUACUGGCCUGUACUCUAACACUGGCUGUAAGCGCGUGAGCAAAAAGGUUGAAGCGUACUACUACGGUGAACUGCGCAAACAGCAAAAGCAGGAGUUGUAAUGUCGCUUUGCGAGAACAAAGUAACAAAGAAUCGCCAUAGACCGGCUAACAUUUCCCUGUGCGUAUGUGUGUAUGUGAUGUAAUUUGUAAAGCUAUUUUUUUGUCCAAAGGCACUCGUAAGGAACCAAACAGGAUGCAGUUUGUGAGAAGACAGUCAAUAAAAGAAACCUCAUUUUGAUGUCUUAAA